CCAAGCCUCGGAGCUGCGGGGUUCAUCCCUGAAAUGGGGACACGGUGCCCAGGACACCUGCAGAAGGAUGCUCAGCUCCAAAGUUACUCUGGGCUGCAGGGGGGAGGACGGGAUGGCAUCGGGUUUUUUUCAAUGAAGGUGAUCCCAGAAAGAAGUUUUGUGCCGUUUGGGCUGCAGCUGCCAAUGAGACCGCAUCCACUGAGCCCAUUAUGCGGGUGCCUGGGGAGGGGACCCCGGGGGACCAAGCUCUCCACGACUUUUCCCCGCCUUGCGCAUCGCUGCCAUCCUACUUUUCUCCCUCCCUUUGUGGGUGCAGCAGCCUGACAGAGGGAGCGCACCAUUCAUUCUGCAGAGCGCGGGGACUCCCUGCCCUCACCGAGGGUCAGGGACGGCGGUGGGGAAAGGGCGACUGAGGGCUGGGAAGCAGGCAGGGCACGCAGUCCUGCUGCGGAAAUGUCUUAAUCUGGGAGCUCUGUGCCUCCCGGCACCAGCAAUCUGCCAGAAACCAAUGAGAGGAAAAUCACUGCCUGCCGAGCGCCUUCAUUGAUGGGUUUCGGCAGCGGGGAGGGGAUGGCAGCACACAAAGGACGUCGCGCUCGCACCGUGCUGAGGACACUCUGGCACUGACGCCCGCAUCCUCGCUGCACCCGCUGUCCUUGGGGUGAUGUUUAAAAUAAAAUUAGAGCCUUUACGAAGGAGCGCUUGGAGCAUGAAUGUGUUUAUGAAGUUUCGGAAUAAGUACUCAGCGCCUGGCAGCGUCGCCGCCGUCAUGGGGAAGGACUACUACAAGAUUUUGGGCAUCCAGUCUGGAGCCAACGAGGAUGAAAUCAAGAAAGCCUACCGGAAAAUGGCCCUCAAGUAUCACCCCGAUAAGAACAAAGACCCCAAUGCUGAAGAAAAGUUCAAGGAGAUCGCGGAAGCUUACGACGUGCUGAGUGACCCCAAAAAGCGAGCUGUGUACGACCAGUAUGGGGAGGAAGGUCUUAAGACUGGAGGUGGCUCCUCAGGUGGCUCAGGGAACACUUUCCACUACACGUUCCAUGGAGACCCCCACGCCACUUUUGCGUCGUUCUUUGGAGGCUCCAACCCUUUCGAUAUCUUCUUUGCCAGCAGCCGCUCCCGGAUGUUCAAUGGCUUUGACCAGGAAGAUAUGGAUAUCGAUGAUGAUGAUGAUCCUUUCAGUGCCUUUGGCCGGUUUGGCUUCAACGGCAUUAAUGGGGUUCACCGGCGGCACCAGGAGUCCCUGCACACACGGAGGAAGGUCCAAGACCCACCUGUCAUCCAUGAGCUCAAGGUGUCCCUGGAAGAGAUCUACCACGGCUCCACCAAGAGGAUGAAGAUCACCCGCAGAAGGCUCAACCCUGAUGGCCGGACCAUGCGAACUGAGGAUAAGAUCCUCAACAUUGUCAUCAAACGGGGUUGGAAGGAGGGAACCAAAAUCACAUUCCCCAAAGAAGGGGACGCCACCCCAGACAACAUCCCUGCUGACAUCGUCUUCAUCCUCAAGGACAAGCCUCACUCGCACUUCAAGAGGGAUGGGACGAAUGUGGUCUACACCGCAAACAUCAGUCUUAAAGAGGCCCUAUGCGGCUGCACCGUGAACAUUCCCACCAUUGACGGGAGGGUGAUCCCGCUGCCCUGCAACGACAUCAUCAAGCCGGGCACAGUGAAGAGACUGCGCGGGGAGGGGCUGCCUUUCCCCAAGGCCCCCAGCCAGCGAGGAGACUUGAUCGUGGAGUUCAAAAUCCGCUUCCCGGACAGAAUAGCUCCCCAGACGAGACAGAUCCUCAAGCAGCACCUCCCAUGCUCCUAGAGCCCCGGGGACUCUCCUCCAAGCAGCAAUACUCCAAAUGCACGUGCCACAGCAUCUGGCUCACACAGAGCAGAGGUGC